UUACUACCAAAAACCUUAUAUAACACCACCCACCCCCUUGGCCCCCUCUCAGCUGAGUUCCUUCUUUCAUUCCCCGUCUCUCUAAUCACCAAACCCGCCGCCGCAGCAGCAACCAACGAUGGUGAAGUAUUCACAAGAACCAGUAAACCCCACCAAGUCUUGCAAGGCUAGAGGCUCGGAUCUCAGAUGUCAUUUUAAGAACACAAGAGAAACAGCCUUUGCACUCAGGAAAAUGCCUCUAGGCAAGGCUAAAAGGUACUUGGAGGAUGUCCUUGCACACAAGCAAGCAAUUCCAUUCCGUCGUUUUUGUAGAGGAGUUGGACGAACUGCUCAGGCAAAAAACCGUCAUUCAAAUGGACAAGGACGUUGGCCUGUUAAGUCUGCAAAUUUUGUUUUGGACUUGCUGAAAAAUGCUGAGAGUAAUGCUGAAACGAAAGGACUGGAUAUAGGUUCCCUAUACAUCUCACACAUUCAGGUGAACCAAGCUCAAAAGCAGAGACGCCGUACAUACCGUGCUCAUGGAAGAAUCAAUCCUUACAUGUCACAUCCAUGCCACAUUGAGCUAACCUUGUCAGAAAAGGAAGAAGCUGUGAGGAAAGAGCCCGAGUCUCAGUUGGCCACCAGCAAGUAGGAGGGCACUUCAUCUUAAGUAAAACUUUCAGGGUCGAGUUUUGUCUUCUGAGGACUGAUGUUUUUCCCCCCUGUACUUCCUGUGUGGGAUUUUGUUCGGUUUAUGAGAUAUUAUUAGUUUGGUACUACAUACUUAAUUACUUAUUGUGAUAUGAGAUUUAGGAAGUACACCUACAGAAUGGUGCAUUGGUGUAUUUUGGAUUAUCUCGGCCUUUCCUCCAUAAGUGGGUUUAACAUUCUUAAAUACCAUCAAAAAUGGAAUUAUACUCCGUA